AUGGUGGGGACUGGUGCCAGCGAGGAAGGAAACCUCGCUCGCAGUGUUGUCAAGGUUCGCAGUCGAAGUCGAUCGGCUUCCUCUAGCGGCUCGGAGAAGGAGCGGAAAGCCAGAGAAAAAGAGAAGAAGCCGAGGAGACAGUCUUCCAGCAGUGACAGUAGCUCCAGCAGAAGUUCUUCAAGAAGCUCGUCAGGUUCCUCAGGCAGUUCUGACAGUUCAUCUAGCAGUAGCUCUUCAUCAAGGUCGUCUUCAUCGUCGUCGUCUUCUUCUACUUCCCGAUCAAGAUCUAGAGAUAAGGAAAACAAAUUAAAGGAUAAGGAGAAGGACAAAAAAGAUGAUCCCAGGUCCACAGUCAAAGCUGGGGCAGAGAAGAGCCGCAGUCGCAGCCGAGACAAGAAAACCAAGCCAAAGAAACCAUCAAAGUCUCGUUCUCGAUCAGGUUCUCCACGAGGCCGCAGAAAACCCCGCUCCCCCACCCCCAGACCAACCAGGAUCCAUGUGGGCCGACUGACGAGGAAUGUGACCAAGGAACAUCUUGUGGAGAUCUUCUCUGUUUACGGUGCAGUGAAAAGUGUUGAUAUGUCAAUGCGCGUAAACAACACCCUUAACCGUUAUGGCUACAUAGACUUUGAGAAGCCAGAGGAUGCAGAGAAUGCCAUGAAGCACAUGGACGGAGGGCAGGUGGAUGGCCAAGAGAUCACAGCAGCCCCAGUACUCAUUCCACGGCAGAUCCCCCCACGACGUCGCUCACCCCCACCCAUGAUGCAACGAAGAGGACCACCCCCACGUUGGCGUUCUCCCCUCAGAUAUAUCCCAGGGAGAAUGCGUCGCCGUUCCCCACCGCCCAUGAGGCGUCGCUCACCACCUCGCCGCAGAUCCCCUCGCUCGCGGUCUCGCACACCUCCCAGGCGCAGAAGAUAUUCACGCUCCUCAUCUUCAUCCUCUCGCUGAGACCCACAGCAGAGGGAAAGAAGCACUAUGAAGUAAAAAGCCGUUUCAUACCUUUUUUUGUGGAUAUACAAGACAAUGUCAUAUUCACUGGGUUAACUGAAGCUUGGUAUUGAUUUGGUAAAUAUGAGCAAUUGUAGCUUAUUCUACCCACACAGAAUGGCUAGGUACCCACUGCUGCUGUUUUGUGGCAUACCUGAAGCAGUGUUCAAGGUAGAUGUAAUCCUUGAUGUAUAAUUUUUUGUUUGACAGUUCUGUCUACAGAUUAUGGAUUUGAUUUUAGAAGCAUUGUACAAACAUUAUUUCUCUUUUCUUUCUUUCUUUUUAUCCCACAUCAAGAGAUGGCAGAAAAGCAGAGUACCUGUAUGUAGUUAAUGUUUUUUUUUUUUUUUUUUUUUUCUUCUUUUUUUUUUUUAGCGUGAGUGAAGGUUUCUUUAAGUGUUUUAUCAGGCUGUGUAUCAUUUGAAAGUAAUAUGAAGUUACCAAUAUCUGACUGGACCUUAGUAAAGAUAUGUCAGUUUUUGUAAAAAUCAAGUUUUGAAAAUGGUGUACAAAUUUCAAAGUACAUAAUUAAUGACUGACAUGUGCACACUUUCUAUAAUGAUUGUUAUGUGUGAAUGAAAGUAAGCCUUUUGAUGAAGUAAAGUGUUAAACAUGUAUACUGAUACAGACUGAUCUUGAAAAUAAAAUGGAUUUUUAAAA